CCCUUUCACUUCACAAAGCCAUGUUUCACUACCACCAAGAUCAUCAUCCCAACAACAACAACAACAACAACAACAUGCUUUCAAGCUUGUUUGAAGGGUCCUACAACCCUCCAUUGUUCACAAACUCAUCACCAUCUUCUUCAUCAUCUUCAACUUCUUCUCUCUUCUCUUCUUCUCUCCCUUCUUGUCAUCUCUUUAGAAGCACUAGCUCCCACUCUUUCUCUCUUCACAACACCACCACUACCACCACCACCACCACCACCACCAACUUACCCUACUUCUCUCCUUCUUCUUCUUCUCCACCUUCUUCUUCUUUUGACUUCCUUGACUUCCAUGCAGAGCCUGUCCGCAGAGUCUACAGCACUGGCGACCUUCAGGGGAUGAAUGUGGUGCAAGUUUCCAGCGAUCUCAUCGGGCAAGAAGGCGGUGGGGUUACCGGAAAAAUUGGCCGGUAUUCAGCUGAAGAACGGAAGGAGAGGAUUGAGAGGUACAGAAGCAAGCGUAACCAGAGGAAUUUUCAAAAGAAAAUCACUUAUGCGUGUAGAAAAACAUUGGCGGAUAGUAGACCAAGAGUGAGAGGCCGAUUUGCGAGGAAUGGAGAAGCCGAAAUGGAAAAUGAAGGUGGAGUGAUUGAAAGAAAUUAUCACGAAGAAUACGAAAAUUGUAACUAUGAUCAUAAUGAUGAUCGUCGAGACGGCGGUGCGGGUGGUGGCGGAGAAUGGUGGGGACAAAUGAAGAAAAGUACUUGAUUGUGCUGAUGAAGAAGAGGAAUUCUAUUAUGACAAUGAUGUGUGGGUGAAUUUCAUGGAAGAUCUCUCUGUGAAUCUUAUGUCUUCUUAAUAGAUUUUAAAA